AUGGAACAGCCGCACCAGGACCAGUCGAAGGAUUUCAUGCCGUCGUACUUUCCCAUCGACAAUGAUUCUCAGCAGCGUAACAAUAGCAAUCCCAUGGAAGUUCUGCCUUCUAUGUACAGCUCAAACCCGAUGCUCUUGCAGCAGAAUCAGCAAUCGCAACAGUCGCUAGCGAGCUCGCAGCAAGUGAACAUGGAGAUGCUGAAUCUCAUGGCGUCGAUGCAGGCCAUGGACUCGUCGUUGGCUCUACCAUCGCAGUCUCAGUCACAGCAGCAACAGCAGCAGCAACCCCCGUCGCUGAAUCCACAAUUACUGCUUGAGCAGCAGUUCAAGUUCAAUCAGCUUCGGCAGCUGCAGCAGCUCCAGCAACAAAUUUUUCAACAGCAGGUGAGCUGUCGCGACAAUCUUCUUACCGCGCCGUCGACAGCAACGUCAACGGAGCUACGCCCCCAACACACCUCUGAAUUUGUAUCUCCUAUGAGCUUACAAUACAUGAACAUGGAUAUACCCCAAGAUCAGAGCCAAUACCGCGCUCAAAUCCUCGAAAACCAUGGCAUGGCCUCGCAAUCCAAUACCCCAUUAAUUAAUGGUUCGCGAUCACAGCCAAAGUACUCUCCUCGUGGCACUGCUUCUGCCCCUGCGCAUGUAGCCUUCCGUUCAAGUCCAGAGUAUCUGCCAUCUCCGGCCGAGCUCGACUUCGAUAUCUCGCCGCUCACCAGCCCGUGGCUGGGAGCGCAUCAGCAGAGCAGUAUCGUCGACCCUCAUGUCGCUUCCGGUAGCACCAGCCAGAAAAGAACAGCAUCGCCCAACUCCGCUGACCAUCUCGCUCGUAAGAAGCAGUCCCCCGCGAUUCGGCCCACUAAUCCGGGUGUCCCCAAUACGAAGAAGAAUCAGAAUACCUCCCGAGGAGGAUCAAAGUCUGUUAACUCGACGCCCCUAUUACGUUCGACGAGGACGAGGAAAGGAAGCACGGCUGGUGACCUUGUUGGGGAUACACCAUCACCAGUCGACCUAUCAAUGCCUCCGCCAGCAUCGACGGUCUCUUCAUCAAAUAAUGUCCCACCAUCAACGAUCACAUCCGCGCAGCUCACGCCUGUCACCCCGGCAAGCAUAAUGAAGCUAGGCCGGCUCGGCGUUGAUAGUAGUUUGGCACCAAAACCUAGCGCGACAAAAAUACAGAAGAAAUCUUCGUCAGCCGUCCAAGCCAGUCCUGGUCUGAAGGCCAUCCUUCCAGCUGGUUCUACAUCUUCUGCAGCGUCGCAUUCACAGCCCCAGCAACCGGUAAUCCAUGUAAGAAAGACCUCACAUAAAGCUGCUGAACAGAAACGUCGCGAUUCGUUGAAAACAACGUUCGACGAGCUACGAGGACUACUUCCACCCAUUCCCCUCCCCAACGACGAAAAAUACCCUGACGAGCCCAUCCUGCCUGGCGCCCUCCCCCCUCGUGGACCGCCCAAGGCCGGCAGCGAUGGUCCAAACAAGGGCGUCAGCAAGUUGCAGCUUCUGAUAUGUGGUAAUGAUUACAUCCGCCAGCUUAAGGGGCGCGUUGAACGACGCGAUGAUGAAAUAGAGAAGCUUCGUAGGGAAGUGAAGAGGCUGAGAUUGCACCUGGGCGAUGCAGCCAUCGCGGAAGGCGAGGAGGAUUUGGACCUCGAGUUGGACCUCGACGCUGCUGAAACUCUGGUGAUCGGCAGAGGCAAAUCGCUGUUGACUGACGAAGACGGGGAAGAAGAGAUGGAAGAAACAUAG